UCUUGAUUGACAUGUUUUUUUUUAAAGCAUUUCGUAUGCCAAUAGACUUCGAAAAGAAUGCAAGCUCUUGUUUUCUGAAUGUUAAAUAGAGCAGCCAAUAGAUCGGGUCGUUUGAAAGAAGAGCGAACGCACGAUGGCGGUGCAAAGUUGAUGGUUGCUCCAAGGUGGCCAAUUCCAAAGGAGCAGUCCUUUGACAGUGCAGUCGUUAUAGGCAUCAACCUGGGUGGAGGUUUCCAUGGAGCACCAGGGGUAGUGAUGUCCUCUAACCCCAGCCUCCCUACUCCUAGCCCCAGACAACCUCCAGCCUUCCAGUGGCUGCCCCACCCAGCCACCCCAACCUCUGGGGACCAGCAGGCCGAGAUCACUGGGCAACCCCUCACCAAACGCCACAGGAAGCUGCUGUUAAAGAGCGGGCCUGUAAUCCCUAGUGGUGCCCACUCUGGUGAAGAGGACAGUCGGCUACAGGGCCUGGCGCAAACCCAGGCGUCCCGUCGCCGCCUGCUCAGGGAGGUCUGCGCCAAAUACCAGCCUGGUGUCACCGAGCGCCCUGUGUCCCGCCGGCAGGUGUCCCGCGUCUACGUGGAGGACAGGUCAGGCCUGCUGUACUGUGAGGUGCCCAAAGCCGGCUGCUCCAACUGGAAACGGGUGCUGAUGGUCCUGGGCGGCAGCGCCACCUCCACGCACAUCAUCGCCCACGACGACGCCCACUACGCCAACCAGCUCCGCCGACUGGACGCCUUCGACCAGGCAGGCGUGGCCGAGCGCCUCCGUUCCUACACCAAGGUCCUCUUUGUACGGGAGCCCUUCGAGAGGCUGGUUUCGGCCUUCCGCGACAAGUUCGAGAGCCCCAACUCGUACUACCACCCGGUGUUCGGCCGGCCCAUCAUCUCCCGGUACCGGGCCAACGCCUCACGCUCCGCCCUGAGGACCGGCGCCGGGGUCACCUUCAGAGAGUUUGUCCAGUACCUGUUGGAUGUGAGGCGGCCCGUGGGCAUGGACAUCCACUGGGAGCCGGUCAGCCAGCUUUGCAGCCCCUGCCUGUUGCGUAACGACUUCAUCGGGAAGUUCGAGAACCUGAAGGAGGAGGCCAACUUCCUGCUACGGAGCAUCGGGGCACCUAGAAACCUGACUUUCCCUGACUUUAAAGACAGGAACCCAAAGGCAGAAAGGACUUCCUCCUCCAUCACCCAGAGAUACUUUGAACAAUUGAACUCCACAGAAAGACAGAGGGCCUAUGACUUUUAUUACAUGGAUUAUCUGAUGUUUAACUACCCCAAACCCUUUAAAGACCUGUACUGAGGUACUGGCUGGAUUGCCCAGUUGAGGUUAUUAAUAUGAACACUACGGAAGAGAUUAUUAUCCUGUGGGACUUGAAUAAGCACUACAGGCACAUUCAUGUCAAAUAUUAUUUUUACAGGUCUUAUUUACAAAUGGCUAAAAUAAUGAUUUCAUGUAAUUACUUUGGACAUAGGUUGUAGGCCUACAGCUUUUUUUUUAUCAUAAAGCUUUGUAUGGUGUGUCAAAUGCAUUUGCAUUGAUUGGCAGACCAGUGACUUCUAUGAAGUGACCUGUACUUUGGGUAAAGAAUGAGUGAUCUGUUAUUGUUAUUGUUUUUCAGCCUUGUUACGUGAAGGUAUACUUUCUGGUCCUCUUCAAUAAUGUGUAUUCUUAUUCUGCAGGCUAAGUUCAUGAAAAGAAGAGAAAGAGAGAGGCUAGAUAUACUCUCCCAGAGCAAAGGCUAGUGUUUGCAGAUACUGUAACGGAUUACAUAGCUACUGCUUACUGAUGAGAAAUCAAAUUGAAUAUAAUUCAAUUUGAUUUCAAAACCACACUUGCUUUUAUUCAAUUUUUAUUUAACUAGGCAAGUCAGUUGAGAACCAAUUCUUAUUUACAAUGACUGCCAAACGUUUGGACACACCUACUCAUUCAAAUAUAUUUUAGAUUCCU